GUCUCAAUUUUAUAAAAGUAGGAUUUGGUUCUUUUUCCUUGGCCAAAGCUUUCAGUUUCAUUUAAAGUUCAUUUUUUUGUUCCCAUGGAUGAAAAUAAUGAAAAUGACCAACUUAUUCAAAAGUUUGAAAAGAAGUUGAAAAUUCAACAAGAAUCUCAAGAUACCAAGGUCGAAAUUCCCUAUCAAAACCCUUUUAAUGCCAAUGUAAAAAAAUUUAGCUUGAUUAACCCGAUGUAUGAUUUGGUUGUGAGCCAAAUGAAUGUUAUAAGAACUUGUUUUUUCGUUCAUUCUCAUACUGCCUUCGUGGAAGAAGACGGAAAAAAUUUAUCUGAAGAAAUUAAACAAAUUCCUCAACAACUUUCCGAUAUUCUCGUUGAGAGUGUAAACAUUCGAAAUAAUUUGAUAGAAAUUACUGGCAUUAUGGAACAACUUUCCAAGGGAAUUGCAAAAUUCGUAAAAUUCGCCAAAAAUGAGAAAUUUCAGAAUAAACCUCUUGAUAAGUUUCUCCAUUGCAUAGAAACUCCCGAGAAAAGGUUAAAAAUCCUUUUAUACAAGACAUGUGAGCUUGACACUCAAAAGGUUUCAACGCUCAAGAAUAAUCUUGUUGUUUUUAUGAAUAUCUCGGGUUCCAAAGCUAUCCCAGAUUGGGUUAAUGAACAAGCUCAGUGUAAGAAAGAACUAGAAAAUCUUGAAAAUGAAAGGCAAAGAAUAUUCAUGGAGGAUAUUAUGGGAUAUGAAGAAGUGGCCAAAAUUAUUGGUGAAAUGGAAUUCUAUCAAUCACAAUUGACGGAUCAUGAGUACCUGAAGAAUGAUCUUCAGAAAGAGAAGAAAAUACUCCAAGAGCAUCGGGAUAUUCUUGAAAGACAAGCUCUUGAGUCUGCAACCAAAAUCAGAAAUUUUUUCCAUUUCAUGAAUAACAAUCUUGAUGUUUUACGGAAGCAAAAAAUGAUUGUCAAACAAGAAAUAUCUGAAAUUGACUGUCAAGAAGAUCAAAAAAAAAUAUAUGAAUCAAUAUGUAAGAAAGAGCUCGCAUCUCUAACGGAAACGUUAAAAUUGGCAAAAAAGAGAGUCGAGAGAGCAAAAAUUACUAAGGAGACGCGACUCAGCAAUAUAGAUGAACAAAUUGCGAGGAAGGAAAAAGAAGUAGAUAAUUUUGAGAAAGAAAUCCUCCAGAUAUUGAGAAAAUAUGGCAAUCCGUCAAUUAACUCGACUUGUUUAUUGUUAGAAUCUUUAGCCGGGUUGGCCAGCCAACAGGUGCAAGGUACCGCAGUCUCCACUUCAUAUCGUACCAUUGUAGGAAGCUUACUUGCAGGUAUUGAGCAAAAUAUCGAAAGUAUUCGCGAAGCAGAAGGUGACCGUGAUUUAUUAGACAUUGAGAUAAUGGAUCUUGAAACAAGUGUAGUCCCGAUCAAUUUUUUCGUCUCGGAGAUUCGGCCGAUCAUCCGUAACAGCAUUUAUGGAAUCAGCUCCCGAGAGUUGGCUGAAUAUUCGGCAGGAAAAGCUUUAGAGCUUGGUUUUAAUACUAAAUUGAAGAAUUGA